AUGGAUGAAGUUGAGGGACUGAUUGUUGGCAUUGUAUGUGUUGGCAUUGUGUUUGAGCGACCUCGAUUUGUGAGGAAGUGCGGUACUGCUCCUAUUGGGGAGUCUGGCUCUGAGCGGAAACUCGAGCGUGAAGAGACGAUUGGUGAAGGGGGUGCGGAGCUGCCUUUAUCUGUUGAAGGUCGGCCUGAGUGCAUGUAUUUUGUGGAUGAUGCUCGAUGGAGCUGGGGACGCUCUGGCUCGACAUCUUGGAAGAGGCGACAUGAUUCCCGGUGGAGGGCGAUUAGGGACUCGCGCCUUUCGUGUGGGGGGAUGCGGGAUGAUGGGACUGGCACGAUGGCUCCGUUGGGUACACUCCGGCGUGCAGAGUGGAGGGAGCUGCGGCGGCUAUUGGGACGUGAAGCAGUGCUGCGUGAUGCUGAGCGAGAGUGGGUUAUAGAUGCUGUCGAGGGCUGA